UGACGUGUCGCAGCAGCGGGCCGAAGCCCCGCCUUCUCUGAGACCGUAUCACAUGCCAUUCCGCUCGUUCGGUUUCUACUGUAUGUCUCCAUGACCGCAGGAGGAACCUGUGCACUGAGCCCCAGAACCACCCGAACCUCCUGCUGGAGAUGAGGAGAGCAUGGCCCGCAGGAGAGAUGAUGCCGCAGGCGGACAGAAGCUGAAGGGUGAUGCUGAUGAUGCGCAUCCCAUCAUGGACAGCGACGACGAGGAGGCUCUGUCUCUGGAGGAGAUUUUACAUCUAUACAAUCAGCCCAUCAACGAGGAGCAGGCGUGGGCUGUGUGUUAUCAAUGCUGUCGAUCUUUACUGAAGAGGAAGGACGGUCCUGCUGCCGUGGGACCGGGAGAUGUGAGGAUCUAUAGAGACGGAGCCGUGCGCUUAUAUUCCGGAGUCACAUCAGGUGCACACAAUCCCACCCGCUCGUCCACACAGCAGGUGAUCGAGUCUCUGGGUAUCAUGAUCUAUAAAGCUCUGGAUUAUGGGCUGAAGGACAGCGAGGAGCGAGAACUGAGUCCGCCGCUGGAGCAGCUCAUCGAUCUCAUGACCAAUGUGCUCGAGACGGAGAGCGACUCCUGCCCUGAUGAAGGAUACUCAGCCGCUGAGGAGGAGGAAGAUGACCGACAGGAGCAUCCGGCUCAUCCAUGCCGUAUCCGCGGAUACCGUGACAUCAUCAAGAUCUGCAGUCUUCAUCUGCCCAGCCCCACAGACGCUGUCAGUCAUUAUCAGGCCGUGUGUCGGGCGCUUCACGCCGAGACUAGAGAGCUUCACACCUUCCUGGAGAAGAUCAAGAGUGUCAAAGAGAACCUGCGUAAGAUGGAGGGAGACACAGUUGAUGAUCCGGGCAGAGAGCUGAACGAGCUGCAGAAUGCUGAUUGGGCUUGGCUGUGGGUUCAGAUGAUGCGUGAUCUGAGGACGGGUGUCAAAUUGAAGAAAGUUCAGGAACGGCAGUAUAAUCUGCUGCCCAUCGAGUUUCAGCUCACACCGUAUGAGAUGCUCAUGGACGACAUCCGCUCCAAACGCUACAAACUACGCAAGGUCAUGGUGAAAGGAGACAUCCCUCCCAGGUUAAAGAAAAGUGCUCACGAGGUCAUACUUGAGUUCAUCAGGUCCAGACCUCCCCUCAACCCCGUGGCAGCACGGAAACUCAAACCGCAGGCUGUACAUCCGCCCAGCCUGCAUGAACGCAUCCUUGAGGAGAUCAAGACAGAACGGAAACUCAGGCCUGUAUCGCCGGAUCAGAUCCGCAGGAGUAGACUCGCAAUUCGGCCUCUUAGUAUGUCUCAGAGUUUUGAUUCAUCAGAUGUGUCCUCCGCUGACGGUUCGAUGAAAGCCUGCAGCACUCUCUCGCUGGCCAAUGGCGUGUCACCUCAGCCUAACAGCUCCGGUGGGUUUCAGAGGAGACGUCUUCAAGCACCCACCCUGGCUGAACUCGACAGCUCUGAUUCAGAUGAUGAGACCGCGGGUCAAAGGUCAGCCAGCUGUUCCAGCAUCUCAACAUCUAUGGUGGACGACACAUCUCCAGAAUCCGUCCUGGGGAAGAAAACUCCGCCCAUGUUCCUGCCCAUCUCGUCCACGCCGCAGCCCGAGAGACGACAGACGACCCAGCGGCGACACUCCAUCGAGAAGGAAACACCCACCUGUGUACGUCAGUUCCUGCCGCCCUCCAGACAGAGCUCUAAAUCUCUAGAGGAGUUCUGUUUUCCUGUGGAGUGUUUGGCUCUGACUGUGCAGGAGGUGAUGCACAUUCGACAGGUUUUGGUCAAAGCUGAACUGGAGAAGUUUCAGCAGUAUAAAGACGUUUACAACGCUUUGAAGAAGGGGAAGCUCUGCUUCUGCUGUCGGACGAAGAGAUUUUCUUUCUUCACCUGGUCUUACACCUGUCAGUUCUGUAAAAGGCCUGUGUGUUCGCAAUGCUGUAAGAAGAUGCGGCUGCCGUCAAAGCCCUAUGCAAAUCUACCUAUCUACUCGCUGGGUCCGUCCACGUCCACUCUGAAACGAGACGCAGAGUCCUCCAGACCAGAGAAAGCCGGCACGAGUCAACAUCGACCCGGCCUUCAGAGAACAAUGACCAGAUUAUCCAAGCACACGAGACAGUCGUCGUCCUCACAGGGUGAGAAGGAGCUGCCGAAAGAGCUGAUGGAGGACUGGGCGACCAUGGAGGUGUGCGUGGACUGUAAGAAGUUCAUCUCUGACAUCAUCGCCUCCAGCAAACACAGCCUCUCAUUGGCCAACAAGCGAGCGCGUCUGAAGCGCAAGACUCAGUCGUUCUUUCUGGCUUCUGAGAAGGGUGCAGAAUACAGACCUUCAGAGAGAACCAUCAAUGAGGUUUAG